GCGGGGGACCUCGGCCAGAUCGAGAAGGUGGACGUCGCUGGGGGCGAGCCGAGGGCAACGAUCCGCUGGCAGCGCAGCGGCCACCGCAGCGUCGCGGGCCUCUCCGCCCUGAGCAAGAGGUUCGUGAGCAUCCGGGCGCCGAGGAGGUCCGCGCCUGCCAUGCUGGUGGGCAGCACCACCUCCGGCUACGUGUUCGCUCUGGAGCUGGCGACGGGAGAGGAGCUGUGGGCGACCCAGGCUUCGGAACAGAUCGCCGGCGUGAAGGGCGCGGUCUCUGGCAGUGGCGGGGUAGUGGUGGUCGCGACCGACCGCUGCACCGACCACCUCUGCUACCGCUACCGCAACAGCUCCAACCCACUGACUCCUGGCAACAGGGUCGUCCGGGGCAUCAGCGCCUCGGACGGCAGCUCCCUGUGGGAGUACAGGACCUUCUCCCCGGUGUGGAACUUUGUGCCGCAGUAUCACACGAGCGACGGGACCGUGAUGUUCAGCGACCAGGAGGGCAACACGUACUGCCUGGACCUCGAGUCCGGGACCGAGAGGUGGAUGCAAGAGGGGGCCAUGGGCACUUACACCCAAGCCAACGCCGUGUACGAUCCCUCAACGAACCUCAUCUUCGCCAUGGGCGUGCAGGCAUACGACAGCAAGUACUGCAACCCGUUCCCCGCCCCUGGCGUCCUACCCGACUGCGGCACGUGGCCGGGCUCGCCCGGCUGGGUGCGCGCGCUCAACGCGAGCUCUGGCCGCGCGCGAUGGGAGCGCGAGACCCCAGAGCCCCCGGCCAGCGCCGCCGUCGGCAUGCUGAACAGCCCCCAGUUCCACUCCCGGCUCGUGAUCGCCAUGGGGCACAACUGCCACUACAACUCCCCCUCCAAGAUCUGGGCCGUCGACCCCCCCAACGGCGACAUCCGCUGGUCGAAGGACGGCCCGACGCUGUGGGCGGACAUGUGCGCGGGCGACAAGGAAGGCGGCGACAUCCGCAGGGCCAUGGGCGGGCGAGCGGCGUGCGUGCCGGGCGCCUGGUCCACCCCUGCGAUCGACCAGCGCGGCGACGUCUACAUCGGCAGCCAGGUGGGUGAGCUCCAGAGGUGGGGGUCGGAGACAAACGAGGGGGCGAAGAGCGUCAAGCUGCUCUCCACGCUGACCACGGGAGUGGCCUUCCAGGACCAGGCCGUGGCAUUCUCCACAGGCAUCAUGGCCGUGUCGACGUGCACGUCGCUCCUGGUCUUCCAGACCUUCCCAGACAACCUGACGGUGGACAGCUCAUGGUACUAG